AUUCAGUCACAUGCCAAAAUCAGAGUUAGGAGACACAAGAGACAUUUCCGAAAAUUGAACUUAAUUUAUCAAAUUAUCAGCAAAGUGUUAUAUUAUGGCUGAAUGUGUUGAAACAAUAAUGGAUUCUAAGAGACAGGAAAAUGAGAGUUUAUUGGCGAUUAAUCAAGAUUUAUCAGAGGAAUAUGAGCAUUUGCUGUCCUUGUGUUGGGAUUCGGCAACACUAUCAGCAUCAUUCUAUGUUAUCCAAACUAUGGAGAUGUUUAUUGUGCCCGAAAUAACAGAUCUCCGUCCAAUGUUCUCCUACACUCACAAUCUCUUUCGCCAACUCAAUCCCAUUGCCGUGAUGGCAAGUGGUCAUGAAAGUUUCCUGCGUGAAGUAAUGACUUUACUCAAGCUACCUGAGGAUGCCAAUCCCAAAGAUUACACCGCUACAGCCAUCCAUGGGACGUCUGAGCCAAAUAACUUUAUGGUCUUCCCACAGAGUGAGAAGUCCAUGCUGAAUAAUCGUCAGCGUUUGUGGAGUAUCAAGAUAUCAGGUCUUGAGGACGAAGUGGAGAAGAAAUUGUAUUUGGAAACCCACAUUCAGCCACAUCAGAAAUUGGUGAUUCAGAGUGCGGGCAAUUUGUUGAGAUAUAUGGAUACAAAUUGGAAAGCCAUCUCAGCAGACAAUAUGCCCCCAAUCAUUUCAUCUCUCAAAGUAUUUUCGCUGAAAAGUCAGGUUUUAAUCGAUGAUUCAACUUAUCUGGCACUGGAAAUCUUCAGUACAGCCACACAUCCUUCGGGGUUCAUGAAGGGCCUCAAAGGUGCUGAACAGAUGGGCUUUUCGCUCUAUCGAUUGCUCAAUCAGUGCCAAUCGAAAAUUGGGUCUGAUGAAUUGAAAAUGAUUUUGCAGCAGCCAACUAAUGAUAUUUCUGAGCUAAAUAAGCGCUAUGAUACCAUUGAGUGGUGCUUGAAUCAACAGAAUACGAGCAUUGUUGUGCGAUUGAAGAGAAUGAUGAAGCAGGUUUAUGAGAUAAGUCGGUGUUUUAAGAAGAUUUUGGAGAAUCCCGAUAAGAUGUACUUUUGGAAGAUUUUUCGCAGUAGUGUUGCACAUGCAUAUAAAAUUUGUGAAUUGUGCCGGGAUAGUGUCCGGGAGGGGGAGAAUAGUGGAUUGAUUGAGGAAUUGGGGGAAGCUGUUAAGGAUCAGGUUGAGAUUAUGGUGGUUUUUAUGGCAAUCACUGAAAUUGUGGACAUUGAUGAGGGAAUGCAGGAGAAUAAAUUUAUCGUACAGGAGGGUUUUGAUGUUGAACUGGACAAUCAGAAAGACUAUCUUCGGAAGAUUCAAAUGAACAUUCCGGAUGCCACUCAAGCCGAACUCCGGAAGUAUUUUCCGGUUUUUGAGAGCUGUGAGUAUACGAUGGUGCCAGAAAUGGGAUUUGUUAUAGCUAUUAAGAGUCCCAUGGCAAGUCCAAGUGAUUCAUCAAGUGGACCAGGAAUGGGGUCCAAAUUUCUCUUUCAAACCAAUGAUCUUUUCUACUAUAGCACUCCAUGUUGCAUGGAACUCAAUGAUAAAUAUGGUCAUAUGUACAAUGAUAUAUGUGUGAGAGAACAACAAAUUUGCAAAGAUCUAAUUGGUGUCAUUGCAAAGAAUAUGGCAAAACUUGUGAGUAUUGUUAAGGGAUGUGCUCAAUUGGAUUGUUAUAUGGCAAUGGCCCAAGUUGUGGGUGCCCGGAAGUAUGUUAGACCCCAAAUGCUUCCAGAUAAAUUACUGAAAAUUCACCAGGGACGCCAUGCCCUAAUGGAGGAACGCGUUAAUUUUAUCCCAAAUGAUAUUCAUGUGUCUGAAUCCAUGGAGAAUCUCAUAACAAUAAUAACAGCACCAAAUUCAGCUGGAAAGUCCAUUUAUUUGAAGCAAGUGGGAAUAAUUGUAUACUUAGCGCACAUUGGAUGCUUCGUACCAGCUACUUCAGCUGAAAUCAGCAUCAUUGACUCCAUCUAUUCCCGAAUUCACAAUAUAGAGUCCAUACACCAAGAUGCAUCUUCAUUUUUUCAUGAUCUGCAUCAAAUGGCAAAUGUUAUGGAGAACUCAUCAACUCGAAGUCUCAUUUUGAUUGAUGAAUUUGGCAGUGGAACCAAUGUUAAUGAGGGAAAAAGCCUUCUUGUGGCGUGUAUUGAAGAGUUAUCCAAGAGAUGCUCAGCAGCACCCAUUACCCUCUUCUCCACUCACUAUCUGGACAUUGUGGAUCUGUGUGAGUCACGUGAAAUGGUGAAGGAAAUCACCAUUGAGAGCACUUUUGAUGACAGUGGAAGGCUUCAGACAACACAUAAGAUUGUCGAUGGGAGGUGUCCUCUGCAGUAUGCUAAUGAAUUGCACAACAUCCGGAGAUCCCUUGAGAAUCAGGAGACCUUUACUGACGAACGUGUCAAGAUGAUUCACCAGAAAAUGAAUUCUUCUGCUGACUUUGAGGCUCCACAUUUGGUCAGGAACAAAAUAAGGUGCGCCUAUGAAGUUUUGAGGACUUACCUUCUCACGAAUGGCAAUGUUGACGAGGCUAUAAAGAAGUUCAUGGACUUCGAAAUUGACGAUGAUGAAUAAGGUAAAUGAAUUCACUCCAAUUCUACUAAAUAAUUGCAAUCAAAUGAAAUAAUAUCUUCUAUAAUGAGAAGAAAUUAAUUAGACACAAUAGAAUCUAUGUUAUUCUAUUCUGAAUUGUCGAAUAGAUAUAAAAUAAAUGCGAAA